UCGCGAGCACGAUGACGCGCGUCACGUUCCUGCAUCCCGAUCUCGGUAUCGGCGGCGCGGAGAGGCUCGUCGUCGACGCGGCCCUGGCGCUGAAGAAAAACGGCCACGACGUGAAUUUCGUGACUACUCACCAUGACCCGGAGCACUGUUUCUCGGAGACCAAGGAUGGCACGAUUCCCGUUACCGUCGUGGGUAAUUGGCUGCCCAGGCAUAUUCUGGGCAGAUUUUACGCGCUCUGCGCCUACAUACGCAUGAUAUAUGCAGCCAGCUACAUAAUAUUUUGCGAUCAUCGACCGGAAGUUGUCUUCUGCGAUUUGGUAUCCGUCUGUAUACCCGUUCUUAGACUGCGCAUUCCAUAUGUAGUGUUUUACUGUCAUCAUCCAGAUCAGUUGCUCUCACAGCGUGGUGGUUACGGCAAACAGUUAUAUCGUAUGCCAUUAGAUUAUUUAGAGGAAAUCACGACUGGCAUGGCACAUAAAGUAUUUGUAAAUAGCAUUUACACAGGCAACGUGUUUAAGGAUACAUUCAAGAGACUGCAAAUAGAACCUGAAGUUUUAUAUCCUUCUAUUAACACUGAUUUUUUUGACAAAACGAGAAUAGUAUCUAUUGAAAGGGUAUUAGAUAGGAAACUUCCAGAUGAUAGUAUUAUAUUGUUAUCUAUCAAUAGAUAUGAACGCAAGAAAAAUCUGUCCCUUGCAAUAGAAGCUCUUGCAGAGCUAGAAAAACUUUUGACAAAAGAUAUAUACAAGAGAGUAUAUUUGAUUAUGGCUGGUGGAUACGACAAGAGAGUCGAGGAGAAUGUGGAAUAUCAUUUGGAAUUAAUAGGACUCGCGGAUGAAUUACAUGUAACAGAUAAAGUGAUGUUCUUGCGUUCGCCUUCUGACAUAGAUAAAGUUUCUAUACUUCAUCACUGUAAAAUUGUAAUAUAUACUCCACCAAAUGAGCACUUUGGAAUAGUACCCUUGGAGGCAAUGUACGUAGGUAAACCAGUAAUCGCUCAUAAAUCCGGCGGUCCUAUGGAAUCGAUAGUUUCCGAAGAGACUGGUUUCCUGGUCGACUUAUCUGGCGAAGCGUUUGCCUCGAAAAUAGCUUUUCUGAUUACAAACCCGAGUCGAAUCGAGGAAUUUGGUAGAUCAGGUAAAGACAGGUUUUUGACAACAUUCAGUUUUGCUGCUUUUAGUGCUCAAUUGAAUAAGGCGAUAAACGACUUGACUGAUAAAAAAAUAGACUAAUGAAUUUUAAUGAUUAUGUUGUGUUUUCUCAUUUCUUUACAUUAUAUCAAUUAUAUUUAUAUAAUUAAAAUACAAACGGUGCUAUGUGAAAUAUGUGAAAGUGUAUCACUUCUUUCAAUAAUAUAUUUAUAAUAUUUUAUAUUAAAUAUUCAAUAUUUAAGAGGUUUUCUACUGAACUUUGUAGUAUAAACUAUUUAAUAUAUUUAAUUGUCAAUUAUCAAUUGUAUCUCAUAUAGAAAUAAAAUUAUUGUGGUUUA